CUUGGGGCGUCAGGUCCUGUCCUUUUUUCGUUUCCGGCAGUGGGUGACACUAGGAGGACCUGCUCCCCUUGGCCAGGAGGCCGAGUUCCCGCUAGAGGGUACCCGGACAGUAUAGGAGUCCUUUUUACCUGGGUUUCAUGACUCCGUUAUCUACUGCUUUGACUGUCACAUCCAGGCUGACCUUGAACUCACUAUAUUGCUGAGACUUACCCUGAACAGUACCUGAUAGUACUACCUCUACUUCCCAAGUGCUACGAUCAGAGAUUGAAGUCAUGGCCAUUCUUUUUGCUGUUGUUGCCAGGGGAACCACUAUCCUUGCCAAACAUGCUUGGUGUGGAGGAAACUUCCUGGAGGUGACAGAGCAGAUUCUGGCUAAGAUACCUUCUGAAAAUAAUAAACUAACUUACUCACAUGGCAAUUACUUGUUUCAUUACAUCUGCCAAGACAGGAUUGUGUAUCUUUGUAUCACUGAUGAUGAUUUUGAACGUUCUCGAGCCUUCAGUUUUCUGAAUGAAGUAAAGAAGAGGUUCCAGACUACUUAUGGUUCCAGAGCACAGACUGCACUUCCAUAUGCUAUGAAUAGUGAGUUCUCGAGUGUUUUGGCUGCACAGCUGAAGCAUCAUUCCGAAAAUAAAGGGCAAGACAGAAUGAUGGAGACUCAAGCACAAGUGGAUGAACUAAAAGGAAUCAUGGUCAGAAACAUAGAUUUGGUUGCUCAACGUGGAGAAAGAUUGGAAUUACUGAUAGAUAAAACAGAAAACCUUGUGGAUUCAUCUGUAACUUUCAAAACUACUAGCAGAAAUCUUGCUCGAGCCAUGUGUAUGAAGAAUAUCAAGCUUACUGUCAUCAUCAUCAUCGUAUCGAUUGUGUUCAUCUAUGUCAUUGUGUCACCUCUCUGUGGUGGGUUUACAUGGCCAAGCUGUGUAAAGAAAUAAAAAAGAAAACAUUACCAUUAACCAAGCAUAUAAGAGUGAAAGGAGAGAAAGGCAAUCCAUGUGACUCAGGCUUUUCACUAUUUUCAGAAAUUAUCUGCCAGUUUCUUUAAUCUUCCUUUUGCUUUUUCUUGUCUUAAUAGUAUUAUAUGCCUCUAGAUUUAUCUUUGACCUCUCAUAUUGUUUAACAAACUUUACUUUGAAUCAUUAUUAACAGGAAUAUCUUUGAAAUGGUAUUUGUUUCUUUUGUUUGUUAAGUAUAAACUUCUACUUAGAAAGACAUUUUUGUUUUUAACACACAAAGCUUUUGCCAAGGUGGAAACCACCAAUCUUAUAAUUUGUCUGCUAAAACUGUCUAGGAAUUUUCUGUCCUCACACAAAAUUAUUGGGAGAUUGAUUGUAUUGCUAACAUAUCAUUUUAAUCUCUUUUGUUAUGGGAGAGUUUUAGGUGCUUCAAAAUAAUAUAGAUAAUUUUGGGAAUUGUAAUGAAUUGUUGGUGCUGCUUAUAUCCAGGAGCCCAUACAAGUGAUGUAUUUAGUGUUUUUAUUUUAAUAAGGUGGGAAACAUUUUGCUAGCCCAUUAGAAGCACAAGAAUUAUCCUUGUCCUCCCAGCAUUUACUUUCUUAAAUAAACUUUAGUGCAUUAUUCAUUCAUACUGCAGAUAGUUUAAUAUCUUCUGCUUCUCCAUUACAAAGUCGAACUGAGAAAAUGAAUUAAAUAAGUUGAAAAUUGUGGGUUUUACAUAUUAUUUUUCUUCUGUGCAUAAUUGGGACAAACAUACUUUUAAUAAAAUUCAUAACAGAGGAAACAGGAGGCAAAUAUUUCUAACUCAUCAAAGAAAAAGAAGGGAACCAUAAUAAAAGUUCAAGCAUUGUAGCCUCACAAAAUGCAGUCAUGUGGGAAGUUUUUUUUCCAUUCUGGGAAAAGCCCAAAAUGAAUACAGUCAGAAGUCAACUCCAGGAUUUGGAUUUAACUUCUGUUGAAUAAUCGUUUGAUCUUUCUUUGUGGUUUAACAAAUUCUUUAAUCUAAUUUUGAAUAGUUGUAAAGCUGAAAGAGAAUAGACAGUAUAAUGAUAUAGUACAAAAUAUCUUAACAUAAAUUUAUUAUAGAAUAAGAAAGUCUGAAUGUUAUGAUGCUCCAUCUACUCUGGCAUCAGUAAUUUAGUAGUUGGUAUCUAUCUGAAAUGAAAACAUUUUUGCCCUAGAUGUAAUUGCAUUUAUUUAUCUAUAGGUGAAAUUAAAUAGAAGUGAUAUUACAUUUUACUCUUUUCUCAAUGAAACAAUGAACUAGUGUUUUGGACUCAGCCAACUGUUUAGCCUAGUCAUGUGCCUUGAAUAUGUAUGUAUGUGUCCUAUAAUCAGACACUUGGUACCUCUUCGUCUAUGUUCAUGCUAUCUAUUUGAUUUAUGUGAUACACCUAAUGCACAUAGGAAAUCUUUGGUUCAUCAUACAUAACACAAUUUUUACAGGCAUUUUUAUGAGCACUAAUUCAUAGUAAUUAUAUAAUUAUUUCCUAUUAGGAAAUACAUUCAUUCUCAAAAAAUUUUGACAUUCCCAAGUAAUAACUUAAAGGCUUAAAAUUUAUUUCCUUUUCUUAUACACACUAGAAUAAAAUUAAUGUGCAUGUUAUAGGGAUUAAUUACUUAAGUGUUCCUUGCUCUAUUUAUGUAUAAGAAUGCUUUUUACGGCAUAUUUCUCAUUGUAAAUGAUGCACAAAUUGAAAACAUUAAUAAAAGUUAAUACAUUGAGUUUCUUGUUUUAGAAGUUCUUACUUUAGUUAUAUGUAAAGACAUUUAAACAUGGUGUUUGAAGAAAAAUAAUUUUAUUUAUGUUGAAAUACUGAUGGUAGCAUGAAUAAUAAAAGCCCAGAGACAGAAAUUGGGGUUCAGCUUGAAGGUCAGAAAAGCAAAACAGCCAGCCACUGGCUCUUACCUCUACCUCAGUCCAAAAUGGUGAUCCUGCCUCCAAGAAUCUCAGAAUGAGACUGUGUCUGUGAGCUGUCUCAUCCCAUUUUAUAAUCCUCCCUAGGGCUAUGAUUAAAGGUGUGUACCAUUGGGAUUAAAGGCAUGCAUUGCCUGGUUUCUUCGGCAAACUGGUGUGGCUACUGGGAUUCAAGGUAUGUGUUACCACUGCCUGGUCUAUAAGACUGACCAGUGGGGCUGUUUUAUUCUCUGAUCUUCAGGUAGACUUUAUUUAUUAAAAUAAAAAUGAAAUAUCACUACAACUGAGAAGUGUGACCUAAUUCUUUUCUGUGAAGAUUUAAAGCAUAGAGUUUAAUUCCGGAAACCAUAAGAUGAAAAUAAAAAUAACUAAAAAAGAGGGUAUGUAGCCCACCAUGCUGAAAGUAUCCAAAACUAUUAUCCUUGGCUGGGACAGUCUAUCAUCCAUAGACUCAAACACACACACACACACACACACACACACACACACACACACACACACACACACACACUACAUGCCAAGUUGUAAAUAGCAUGUUGAAUGAUACAGAAGAAAAAAUGAGACUUUUUAAAUUGAGAGUUUCUUUAUUAAACAAUAUAACAAAAUGCUUGGUUUGUC